AUGGGCAACAAGGAGUCGCGCAUCGGCUUCCUCACCUACGACGAGGCCCUGCGGAGGGUGACGGAUGUAGAGCUAAAACGGCUGAAAGAUGCCUUCAAGAGGACCUGCGGACUCUCGUGUUACAUGAGCCAACAAUGCUUCAUUCGGGAAGUUCUCGGAGAUGGAGUUCCUCCAAAAGUUGCAGAGGUCAUAUACUGUUCUUUUGGUGGCACGUCGAAAGGACUACAUUUCAAUAACCUGAUAGUGGGCUUAGUCCUCCUGACGAGGGGCCGAGAUGAAGAGAAAGCCAAAUAUAUUUUCAGCCUGUUUUCCAAUGAAUCUGGGAGCCAUGUCGCCCGUGAAGAGAUGGAGAGGAUGCUUCUCAUAAUUGAUGGGAAAGUCCCCGAAUGUCUAAAAAAAUGCUUCUCGGAGGGAGAAAAAGUCAACUAUGAAAAAUUCAGAUCUUGGCUGUUGCACAAUAAAGAAGCCUUCACAUUUUCCCGCUGGCUGCUCUCCGGAGGAGUGUAUGUCACACUGACAGAUGACAGUGACACCCCCACCUUCUAUCAAACUCUUGCUGGAGUCACUCACU